AUGACCCAACUAAUCAGGGAACGGGAAAAGUGUGAUCAAACCAAACCCGCCUGUCUCAAAUGCACACGAAGCGGACGCAAAUGCUUGACAGCAAGCAUCAUCGAGCAGCCAGGCUUCUCCAUCAACGAUGAGAACUCGUACGCCAGUGGUAAAUUGAAACGGCCUCGAGGACCCCGGUCCAAUCUGACCCUACUGCGGCCGCAAUUCGAUUUGGAAGCACGUGCUUUAGAUUACUUCCUUCUUCAUCACGUCGUGCAACUUGAUGAUCUGCUUGGGGGCAUGCCCGAUGUCGCCCAGGGACUUUGUGGCACCACUGCUAUAUGGAAAGCUUCAGGACGGAAUUCGGUAAUGGUGGAUAAGGCACUAACUUGCGUGUCCAUGGCCGUGUUUGCGAGAACCAGGCAGGCGCCAAUCGUUGCUGUUGAUGCUUCUGUGAAGUAUGGUCGAUUGCUGAGGAUGAUGCAACAGAAAGUACAGAACUUCCCGCUGCUGGCCCUAACUUCUCCAGGCAAUGAAAAUGAGGAGGUAUCCAUAGAUGCUUACUUACUUACCAUGCUUCUCAUGGGUCGAUACGAGUCAACUAUGCAUGAUUACAGCGGCAUUCCAAAUCUCUACCAGGUGGCGCCGUCGUUACACAGAUGGAUUCACCAUGAGGGAGCUCUUACGAUACUGAGACGAUGGAGCGAAGCAGCCUCCAAUGGCCGCGCCAGUGCUCCAACGAACAUCAUGAAGCUUUCAAGGAGGGGCAUGCUCCAAUCUUCACUCCGGCAGAAUAUCCCAUUGCAGGAUUGGAUAAUUGACGGUAGCCGUUUCGGCGAAUGUGGCCUUGGUUUGGAGUAUGAUGGUAUUCUUGUUGCAACGGUCGAUCUCUACCAACGAGUGGGUAGCAUGAUUCGAUCUCACUCCUUGAUAGAAUCGACACGGCUAGAACUUAUUGAGGAGGCACACGUAAUUGAUACCAGGCUGCAAGAAUGGGCGAGUAGGUUUCCCGAUGCAGGCGCUCUUCAAUGGCAUACCCUAGCCCCUAACCCUGGACCCUGGUCACAUGCGGACUAUCAUCCUUCAACAAUUGACCAUUUUGACGAGCCAAGGUAUGCAACAGUCUGGAUCCAGUACUUCGCAACAAGGAUGCUUGUCAAGAGUACGUGCCUGAGCGUCUUUGACGUAGGAGUACAGGUGUGUGGGCCGAGUUUUGAUUCAAGCUUCGUUGAGCAGCACAGGUCAGAGUGCUCGCAGCAGCUACAUCGAUUGGCCGAUAGAAUGGUAUCCGCGGUAGUGGCAUUUUCACAUCUCGGCAAGACCGGUAGGAAAGAGACCAUGAGGCGGCCAGUCGGUUCCCACGACCAGGAAUCGACCAUGGUCGAAGGCAAGCCAUCUGUGGCAGGAUUGAUCAUCUGGCCAUUAGCGGUUGCCGCAAGUAUCAACGGGCUCGAACCCCGACAGCAGCAAUGGUUCAGGGCUGAGAUUGCACGAAUUGGCAAAUCAAUUGGAAACGGCUUCUUCGAACUCGCCGCAACAUGUCCGGAGUGGACUAUUCUCGGUCGCAGCGAGGAUCACUCUCCUGUGGCCGGGCACUGA